CGAUGGCGCGCAAGUUGGACGGUAAGACGGCGGUGGGCGCCUGGGAGGGCGAGAACAUCCUGUCUAUCGCUCAGUUUGGCAAGGAGAGCGCGCAACGCGUGCUGAGCGUGGCCGAUGAGAUGAAGAAGAUGGUCAAGACGCAAGGCGCCAAUGACCUUCUCAAGGGCAAGCUCCUGGCCAACGUGUUCAUGGAGCCAUCUACACGCACGAGCAGCUCGUUCCAGGCAGCCAUGAAGCGUCUCGGUGGCCUCGUGGUGUGCGUCAAUGAGACCUCGUCCAGCAGCCAGAAAGGCGAAACAUUGCACGACACUAUCCGCUGUCUAGAAUGCUACGCCGAUGUGGUUGUACUUCGCCACCCGAUCAAAGGCAGUGCUCUGGUAGCAGCCGAGGCUACCAAGAAGCCUGUGCUUAACGCUGGCGACGGCGUGGGCGAGCACCCAACUCAAGCUAUGCUGGAUCUGUACACGAUUUAUAGUGAGCUCGGCGACCUGGAGAAGCUCAAGGGUAAGGUCGUCACCAUGGUCGGUGACCUUAAGUACGGUCGUACAGUGCACUCGCUUUCCAAGCUGCUGGCCAUGUACGGCACCACGUUCAACUACGUGUCUCCUGAGAGCUUAAAGAUGCCGCGCUACGUGUACGAUGAGCUGGCUGCACAGGGCAUCGAACAGAACGAGACCACGGACUUAAACUCGGUUAUCAACCAGACCGACGUGCUGUACGUCACGCGCGUGCAAAAGGAACGCUUUGAGAACGAGGCCGACUACAACGCAGUGAAAGACAGCUUCCGCAUCACGCUGGACACCAUCAAGGACGCAAAGGCCAAGAUGGUCAUCAUGCACCCAUUACCGCGUGUUGGUGAGAUCGCUGAAGAGGUCGAUAACGACCCACGUGCUGCGUACUUCCGUCAGAUGGAGAACGGCAUGUACGUCCGUAUGGCUCUGCUUGCUCUCGUCCUGGGCAAGGCAUAAGAGAACUCAGUGGUACCGGCAGGAGCACAACCCAACGUCACACGGACCAUACCGGUAGUUUCCCAUUAUUUUCCACGAGUUCAUGGAACUAUAGCGUCUUGGCGCGUA